CAAAGAUAUCUAAAGCUGUUAAUUGACAUUGUAACAUAUGGAAGUUUCCUUUUCUUGUUGUUUUGACUGUUAUAUCUGCUUUUAUCUUGUAUUUUACUGCAUGUUACCUGUAUGUACUUACUACUCUAUCUUGAAUUCAAUUAUUUGUUGAUUUAGUCCUUGAGUUGACGAGUUAUAAUUUUACUAAUUAGUGAUCAUUUUAUACUCAAUUGUUACUUGCUCAAGUUUUUCAAGAAAAUUUUAGUAUGAUUUUGUAAUGUAAGUAUGAAAAUGCACUACACUAUCCAUCCAAAAGGGUAGAUAGAACUUACCCUUUUAGGAAAUUCUGAAGUGGAAAUGCUGAGAUCUAAGUAAUAGGGUGUCUAGAUACCGAGUCGAAUACAUGAUUGAAGCUUAUGGGUUCUAGCGUCAGAAUUUAAAUAAAUUUAUAAUAAUAAUUGGAUUCAUGGUCAAAAUUUUAUUUAGUGAACUUCGUAGUAUAAGAGCAAAAGCUAUUGGGUUCCCGUGAACAUGUAUGUCGAACUCUAGAUCCACCCCUGUCUAGAUAACAUAUUCUUAUGAACUCAAAUGAAAAAAAUGAGCUCAAGUGUGAACAGCAAUUCACUUGGAUCGGUCCAGUUUGGCUUAGUUUUAACUAAAGAUGCUAACUUUGUGCCCAUUUGCUUUGAUUUUGGUGUUCUAAUCAUGGAUCUUGAAUUUGUAGGGGUCUGUGUAUAUUAGCACUAAGAGAAAAUGGGCUACUCUAUUGUUUUCAUUGUCUGUAGUCUACUUCUAGUCCUUCAAUUGUCAACUGUAGCCGGGAAAGGCAAAGCUAUAAUUGGAUCUCCAAGCCUAGCUCCAGCACCAGCACCAGGUCCCGAAUACACAAACCUAACCGACUUACUCUCCGUUGCUGGCCCUUUCCACACAUUCCUUAACUACCUUGAAUCGACAAAAGUCAUCGAUACUUUCCAAAGCCAAGCCAACGACACAGAAGAAGGGAUCACACUCUUUGUUCCCAAAGACUCCGCCUUUGCUUCACUCAAGAAGCCUACCAUUUCCAGCCUCACCUCAGAUAAACUCAAAUCCCUUUGCCUUUUCCAUGCAUUGCCACAUUACUACAGUCUAGCCGACUUCAAGAACCUUAGUGACAUGAGCCCUAUUAAUACCUUUGCUGGAGGAAAUUUAUUUUCCUUGAACUUCACCUAUGAUUCAGGGACCGUUCACCUUAACUCAGGAUGGUCUAGAACUAAAGUUAGUAGCGCUGUUCGCACGACUUUUCCCGUUGCUGUUUAUCAGGUGGACAAGGUGCUUCUUCCUGAAGCCAUUUUCGGGACAGAUUUACCUCCAAUGCCAGCACCAGCACCAGCGCCAGAAACAGAUAUCGCCCCUACUGCUGAUAGUCCAGCUGCUGAUCAAACAGGAAAAGCUAGAGCUGCAGCCUCUCCAGAUUCUUCAUCGCCAUCGGCUUCUCACAGGAUGAUGAGCUGGGGCAUUUUAAAUCAUUUGGUUUUGGCAAUUGCUGGUGGAUUCUUGGUGUUAUUGUAAGGAAAAUGAUCUUAUGGGGGGGAAUUUUGUUAAAUUAUGUUGAAAAUGGUACAUCUGUUUCUUAUUGGUUUGAUAUACUCCAUUCGUGAUUUAGUAUUGGUUAUUGGUUACAAUAUUUUGUAUACAUUCAUGUAUCAUUUUCAUUUCUGAUACUCCAUAUUCUUUCUCAA